AUAGCAACGCACCGGGUGACUGCGGCGUCUUCAGUUCCCAGGGCUGUCGGGGGCUGGGAGGCCUCAGCGGCUUCAUGACCCUGGCGCCCCUCAAGCUGCUGGUGCUCCCCUGGUUCCUCCUGGCGGGGGGCGCCAGGGCCCAGACCCAACCCUCGUCUCCCGAGGGACCUCUCACCUCCGCAGGAAUAGAGCCCCCGGCAGAGACUCCCGGCACCUCGCCGCCCCCGGGGCCCGAGACCCCGGCCUCUUCCCCGGGGCCCGAGACCUCAGUCUCUCCCCCGGGGCCCGAGACCCCGGCCUCUCCCCCGGGGCCCGAGACCUCGGCCUCUCCCCCGGCCACGUCGCCGGGGGUUCUCAGGCAGACGCCGCCGGGGGUUGACCUCGAGGAGGGGUCCUCGGUGCAGCCGCUCGUAACCGUGAGCCCGGAGCCCUUACCUGACGAAGAGGAGCCUUCCUGGAUAGAGAGUGGAGGUGUUAACCAGCACCGCCUCUGGUCUUCCUCCCGCCUGUCCGAGGUCUGCACGUGUGACCUGACGCCGAACUCGUGCGAUCUCAACUGCUGCUGUGACAAGGAGUGCUACCUGCGCGACCCCAGGGCUCUGUUCACCUUCUGCCUCCCGGGGAGCUACAGGGCAAUAGAAUGGAGAUGUGUAGAAUCUUCCAUUAUUUUCCGAAGUAAUGCCCCAUUUCGUGUAAGAACCUUGGAACUAGAAGAUGGUCUAAAAUUUUGUGUCCAGGUGAACAACCCAAUGUUGAACUAUUUCCAGCAUCUUCAAAAGGUUGAUGGGACCAACAUGCAAUCCUUGGUAACAGAAUAUGGAGGUACAUCAUUCUUCUCGGUACCUCAAUCGAUGCCAACUUUUUCUUCUUUUUACGUGGCUGGAGAUCCCAUUUUGAUCUACUCUCCCAAGUGGUCAUUACUGAGUUAUUUCAAACAGCCAAUAGGAAUAGGACCUAGAGAAGUUUGCACUGAGAAUAAUGCUGCAAGAUUCCUGGAAAGUGGAAGUACCACCUGUACCCGAUUCUUUAGCAAUCUAACAAGUAGCUGCACCACAGAUCCCUUACUCAGGGUCACUUCUUACCAUAACUUCAUGGUCUUGAAGGUUCCAAAAGGUGUGACAGAUCUGGAGAACAUGCAGGUGCCCAUAACGCUUACUUCAGAGCCCAUUUCACCUCAGCUGGAUGGAAACACCUGUCUUAAUGUUGUUUCCCAGGUUAUCUACGAGAUAGAAACCAAUGGGACUUUUGGGAUCCAGAAAGUCUCUCUCUCCUUCAUCCUGAUGAACCUGUCUGGGGAUCCAGGAGCUUCUAUACAGCAACACUUCACUAUACAUUUCCACCCUUUUCAACAUAGAAGAGCUCUUCUUCCUUUGGCUAGAAGUGGGAAUCCUGGCUAUAUUUUUGGAAUGCCCCUCCUAGUUUUAAAAGGUGAUAGCAGUGUUCCAAUGACUAUCUCACAGAGCCACAGUGAUGGAAGCUGCUCUGUAAAUAGGCGAAAAGUAGAAUUUGGGGUGAACAUGAUGACUGGUUGCAAGUUCAGGGAAGAGAACAGAAACUGUGACCAUUUGCAAGAUGAGAUCUAUAAGACUCUUAGUGGAACAUCCAGUCCAGUAUACCUAGGUAUCGCGGGUAAUUCGGAACCAUCCCACAUAGGACAUUGGGUCAAAGUCUUCACCAAGAAUUGCAGUGCUCUGGCUAAAAAUUGUACCUCUUGCUGUGGCAUACCAUUUUCCUUGGAGAUCCAGAUAUUGUGGGCAUAUGUAGGCCUCCAGUCCAACCCACAAGCUCAUGUUUUAGGAGGCCGGUACCUGUAUGAGUGCAACUUUAUAACGUUACCCUCAUCUGUGGUAGAAGUAUCUUUGAGAACUUUUGUGUCUUUCACUGACAUCACAAAGAAGACAGAGUUUACAGAGAGCCUGCUAAAAAAAGACUGGAUAUUUCCAUUCUCCUCUUUUUUUCAGGAGGAAUCAAGUGGAAAAAUGGAAUCUCUAAGAAGCUUGAGUACUCCUGUUGUCUUCUGUGUGUGUUAUUAUCUGGCCUUCUCAGCUUAGAGAUGAACUGAAGAAAGGAGGAGAAUUACAUUUCACUCUUCUCAGUGAGGGCUGUAAGAUGGCCUUCCUGCAUAUGCUAUAGGAAUGAUUCCUAUUUAUCAUUAUGACCAGGGAAAAAUGUUCCUUCAAUUAUGGGACAGGGGGAAGGAGUCUUUGUGUGUGGUGGUGUUUCAGAAGAGCGAUAACAAAAAAUGCCCUCAUCUUAAUUGUGUCUAGUGAAGCUCUAGAUGAGUGGCAGCAAGGCAUUGUACAUGGCUAGACUGGGAGUCUGAAAGGACUUUAACCUCUUACCAUGUAUUGGCCCUGUGAUCCCAGGCAGCUCUUGUGGCCCAGCACUCUGUGGUUAUGAGCUGCACAAUAGUUGCUAAUCUUCAUUGGUAUUGGAAUUUUCCUACACCAAUGAAAACACAGGUCUGGACUAGGAAAACACAAUUUAGGCAUAGUCUUAAACAGAGAAGAGUUAAUUCUCCUUCUGAAGGAGAAAGUAAGCUUCUAGGUACCCAAAGCCAUAUUCAAAUCAUCUGUUACAGGAAUAAGAACAAGUUUUACCUAACUUGACAAUAACUGUCAUGAAAUACAAAAGGACUCAGUGUUCAGAAGAGAGGAGUAUUGACACACCGUAUUGGCUCCAUUCUGGGCUACACUUUUUUACUAAUACAAAAAUGGGAAAAGCAAUUCUCUUUCCCUUUCUGCAGUGUCUCUGGAGCAUACUCUCAGUUCAUUUUUUCAGCAGUUAAGGGCUGUAUUGUUUGUCUACCUCUUCCUUUCCCCCAGGGUCAGGGAAUACAGAAAUUUUUGGUGUUGUAUUUGGUGUUGUACUAAUUCUCUGGAAAAAAAGUAGUGAGUUUAAGUUUGAAUCCUGACUCUAUUCCUUAUUAGUUAAUUAUCUUUGUUAUCUUAGGCAAGUCAAUUAACCUACCUAAGCUGUAGUUUCCAUAUCUUUAAAAUGAUAAAGACUGAAAUAGGUGACUUCUCAUGCCCUAGCUCUAAAAUCUAGGUUCCUUAGAUUUCUAAAGUUGACCUCACCAUCUCCAGUGGAAAAUGCCCUAGGAUCUGUGCUUGGUCCUUGGCCAUUUAGCAAUUUUUGUCAAUUACUUGCAUAAAGCCAUAGGUGGCAUGCUUACUAAAUUUUCAGUUUGCAUAAAUCUUGGAGAAAAACUAACAUACUAGAUGACUGAGUCAGGAUCCAAAAAGAUCUUGACAGCUUAAAACAUUGGGCCACGUCUAAUAAAAUAAAAUUUGAUAGGGCUAAAUUAAAAUUUUACAUGGCUCAAAAAAAAAAAAACCCAAAUCUACAACUAGGUUUAUAAGAUGUGGGAGACAUUGCUAGAGAGCAGUGUAUUUAUAAUUUAAAAAAAAAACAAGAGGGUACAGUAAGAGAAAUUUCAUUCAAAAUAGCUACAAAAUGCAUAAAAUGUCUAGGAAUUAACCAACCAAGACAAGAGUAAUAUGUACAUAAUAUGGCAGCUCCUCCCCCACAAAAAAAGCUAAUACCAUCUUUAGGCUUCCUUAAGAGAGUCAUGGCUUCCAGACAUAAGUGUAUGUGGAAAUGCACUUUCUUGGCACUUAAAUUUAUAAUAAA